AUGGCCUCGUUAUUUUCUAGGGGGAAACACAAGGCCGAUAAGAGAGCCACCAGCGAUGAGGGCCGCAAUUUGGCUGUAAUAAACCAGCAGCUUGACGCAGGCAGUGCAGCAGGCUCACGCUCCUCGCGACACAAUCGAGAUUCGUCCGUCAUAUCCCUCGACCGCCCCAACUCGGCCGAGGGAGGUGGUAUCAACGAGGUGGCAGGCGUCUUCUCGACGAUACCUUAUGACAGUACAGCCAACGGCCGCCGCUCCCCCGUUCCCGUCGAAUACCUGCCUAAGCCCGACCAGUUGCCCGUCCGAAGAGAACCACUACCGCAUCAGUUGAACAAGGCCACCGCCGACUUCCACCAGUAUCCCAGUUUCGACCCGUCCUCCCUUCAAAGCCAUGCAAGCACCCACCUCUCCGGCCCCCGGCCCCCUCCUGGGAGGCAAUCGAACAUCACCAUGGCCUCCACCGGCCGCCAGACGCAGUAUCAGCAAUGGGGGCCGGCCCGGGACGGUUCACAUCAAGCAGGAUCCCAUGGUUCCAAGUACACCUCAACAGCACUGCCCAGUGCUUCCUCUCAGAGUAGCUACGCGUCGAACCUUUCCAAUCGGGAUUCCCAUCGCCUGACCAAGUUUCCAGGAGGCCUUUCCCCUACGAGUCCCGGCGAUGCUUUCCACUUCCCCAAGCCCGAAGACCGGUUGAUCGACGACAUGUUUCUACAGCUGAUGCAGAAGCGUGGUUGGCAUAACCUUCCGGAACAGGCCCAACGCCAGAUGCUCGCGUAUCCCUCCGCCAAGAAAUGGACACUUAUCUACCAGGACAGGCUCACCGAGUGGCAAGGCGAACAGAAGAGACGGACCACCGCGAAACCCGGACAAUACCAAACUUUCGAUGUCGCGGCCUCUGCUGCCGAGGAGGGCAGCCCUGAAUGGUACGUUAGGAAGGUCAUGGAUAACAGCCUCGACACCAAAGGCCUGGGAAGUCUGGAGGUCAAUUUGAGAACACAGCAGAUCGGAUGGGUCAAGCGCUUCAUCGAGUGUCAGGGACAAGUCGCUCUCACCAACGUUCUCAUGAAGCUCAAUCGCAAACAAGCUGUUGGGCCGGCGGCACCCGAGACCAAGAACGACACCAAGAAUUUGGACCGCGAAUAUGAUAUUGUAAAAUGUUUAAAGGCAUUGAUGAACAACAAGUUUGGUGCCGAUGAUGCUUUGGCACAUCAGCAAGUCAUCGUGGCCUUGGCCACAUCUCUCAUAUCACCAAGGUUAAGUACUCGCAAGCUGGUCAGCGAGGUCUUGACUUUUCUGUGUCAUUGGGGCGAUGGCGACGGCCACGUCAAGGUCAUCCAGGCGAUGGAUGUUGUCAAGAAUCAGCAAAACGAGAAUGGGAGGUUCGACGCAUGGAUGCGGCUGGUCGAGGUCACCGUCGAUGGCCGAGGCAAGAUGGGCAGUCUAGUUGGUGCGAGUGAAGAGGUUCGAAGCGGUGGUAUCGGCAUGGAGAAUCUGCUCAUGGAAUACGCCGUCGCAACACUUAUCCUCAUCAACAUGAUCAUCGACGCACCUGAGAAUGACCUGCAGCUGCGGAUGCACAUCCGGGCCCAAUUCGGGGCGUGCGGUAUCAAGCGCAUCCUCACAAAGAUGGAGGCGUUCCAGUACGACCUCAUUGACAAGCAGAUCGAACGGUUCCGCAAUAACGAGGCUAUCGAUUACGAGGAUAUGCUCGAGCGAGAAAACAGCAGCAUUAAGGAUAGUAUUGAAGGUGAGGUUAAGGACCUCAACGAUCCUGUACAGAUCGCGGACGCCAUUCAGUCGAGACUGCAGGGAACCAAGACGCAAGACUAUUUCAUAUCAGCGCUGCAACAUCUGCUCCUCAUACGAGAGGGCGAUGGUGAGGAGAGAUUGAGGAUGUUCCAGCUCGUUGACUCGAUGCUGAGCUACGUGGCCAUGGACCGGCGGCUGCCGGAUAUGGACCUCAAGCAGAGUCUGAACUUCACCGUCCAGAGUCUUUUGGACAAGCUACACACGGAUUCUGAGGCUCGUCAAGCCCUUGAUGAGGCCCUCGAGGGUCGGCAAAUAGCGGAGGCUGCUAUGGCUGAGAGGGACGAGAUGAAGGCACAGCUAGAACUGGGCGCUGAUGGACUCGUCGCCAAGCUUCAGAAGCAACUGAAUGAGCAGGCAAGGUUCAUCGAGGCGCAGAGGAGGCAAGCGGACAGCCUCAAGUCCGAGCUCGAAAACAUUCAAAACCUGCGGGCAAAGGAGGCCCAACGUUAUGAGCUCGAGACUCGUGAACUGUACCUCAUGCUCCGAGACGCCCAAGAUGUAGCAGCCUCAAACGCUGCUAAGGGUGGCAGCAACGCAGCCGAAGACCCAGCCCGCAUGCAAGGCAUUUUGGACCGUGAGAGGCUCAUGGACCGUCUGGCCAUGCAAAUCGAGCGACAGAAAACUCAGUUCAAGCUGGAGGGUAGGAAAUGGGGCGAAGAUACCGGGCCAUCAGACCGAUUACGGGCGUUGCGUGAGGAAAUGGAUGGCUACGGGCCAGCAGGCCUCGCACCACCCAAUCCCAGCGACUUCACUCACAGUGUGCUCGGCAGCGUGAACCGAAACACGAGAAUUAAUCGUAAACUCGAGUCUCAGGAAGGCCUUGGAGACGAGGAGGGUGAAGACGAAGAUGUUGUCUUUGAGAAACCUAGGGUCGUCGAACUACGCCGGCCACGUAUGGAUCCCAAACAGGCUAAUGGCCUCUUGGGUGAAAUCAAAGGCACGGUCAAGAAAUACGAUGCUAGCGACUCUGAGGGUGAACAGGACGCGACAACUGGCCCGUCUCACCCUAGCCUGGAGACGCAAUCACCGAUCACACCCAGCGACGAUACGCCCAAGAUCCAGAUCACUGGCACAAACGCACCACCUCCGCCCCCUCCGCCGCCGCCCCCUAUGCCAGGCCAAAUCCCAGGUGUUGGCCCUCCGCCACCUCCUCCGCCGCCUCCGAUGCCAGGUCAGAUUCCAGGCGUUGGUCCUCCACCUCCACCACCCCCUCCUCCGAUGCCAGGCAUGUUGUCGCCAACUGCCGGUGGUGGCCCACCGCCUCCUCCUCCGCCACCACCUCCCCCAGGCAUGAUCGGCCGAGUCCCGGGCGCCCCGCCUCCUCCACCAAUGCCUGGCGCUGGUCCCCACGGCCAUUACUUACCUCAAUCGCCUGGAUUGUCAGUAUCGAAUGGUCUUGGUCUUCCUGUGGUGCGACCAAAGAAGAAGCUCAAGGCUCUGCAUUGGGACAAGGUGGACGAGGCUUCCUCCACUCACUGGGCUGCUCACGCUCCUACUGCAGAAGAGAGGGAAGAGAAAUAUAUCGAGCUCAGCAAGAAGGGCAUCUUGGACGAAGUCGAGAAGCUUUUCAUGGCAAAGGAAGCCAAACGGCUUGGUGGAGCCAGUGGUAAGAAGGAUGACAAGAAGCAGCUUAUUUCCAAUGAUCUGCGGAAAGCAUUCGAAAUCGCUCUUUCUAAGUUCUCCCAGCAUUCUGUUGAGAAGGUUGUGCAGAUGAUCAUUCACUGUGAUACUGACGUCCUCGACAACCCUGUUGUCAUGGAUUUCCUUCAGAAGGAUGAUUUGUGCAAUAUUCCAGAGAACACUGCCAAGGUUAUGGCGCCAUACAGCAAAGACUGGACGGGACCGGACGCCAUGUCAGUUGCUCGUGAGCAAGAUCCGGCUGAACUUACGAGGCAAGAUCAGAUCUACUUGCAGACCGCGUUCGAGCUCCACUACUAUUGGAAGAGCAGGAUGCGAGCUCUGGCUUUGACGAGGAGCUUCGAGGCCGAUUAUGACGAGAUCACUGAGAAGAUGCGACAAGUCGUUGAGGUUUCUGAAUCGCUCAGGGACUCGGUCGCCCUGAUGAAUGUUCUGGGUCUGAUCCUUGAUAUCGGUAACUACAUGAACGAUGCGAACAAACAGGCUCGGGGCUUCAAGCUCAGCUCACUUUCUCGUCUCGCCAUGGUCAAGGACGACAAGAACCAAUCCACGCUCGCAGAUCUCGUGGAACGCAUCGUCCGGCAGCAGUACCCCGAAUGGGAUUCGUUCGUCAACGACAUACAAGGUGUCAUGACGGCACAGAAGAUCAAUAUCGAGCAGCUGCAGACAGACGCCAAGCGAUACAUCGAUAACGUUCGAAACGUGCAAAUGUCGCUCGACAGCGGUAACCUGUCUGACCCCAAGAAAUUCCAUCCACAAGAUCGCGUGUCUCAGGUUGUACAGCGUUCCAUGAAGGAAGCUAGACGCAAGGCCGAGCAGAUGUCGCUGUACCUGGAGGAGAUGUCGCGAACCUAUGCGGAAAUCAUGGCGUUCUAUGGCGAGGAUCCGACAGACGACAAUGCUAGACGAGAUUUCUUCGCGAAGCUUGCCCUCUUCAUCUCGGAGUGGAAGAAGUCUCGGGACAAGAACGUCACCUUCGAGGAGCAGAGACGCCGCAACGAGGAGUCGAUGCGACGCAAGAACGCAGCACUCAAUAUUCGUUCCGACCGCCUCGCAGAUGCUGGACCCGUCAGCCCUAGUAGUGCUGGAGCGAUGGACAGCCUCCUCGAGAAGCUUCGUGCAGCGGCGCCGCAGACACGAGACCAGAGAGACCGGAGGAGGCGCGCAAGGCUCAAGGACAGGCACCAGGUGCGCGUUGCCUCGGGGCAAAAGAUCCCAGAGAUCAAUGAGAUUCCCGAGGUGGAACAAGGUCUUAUGAGUGCAAAGAGUGUCGACAGCCAUGCCUCGGACGAGACAGCUGGGACCGGCAGCGUAGGCGGCAACCUGCUAUCGCCUACUUCGGUUACCUCGCCCCAAGAAGGGGAGGACGAUGUCGCGCAGAGAGCGGCCAUGCUACUCCAGGGCAUGAGGGACGGUGACGAAGGCGAGGGUGAUGAGGACAGGAGGGAAAUGUUGAGACAGGCCAGGCGGAAGACGGCCCAAGAUGAGAGAAACUCGAGGAGGAGGAGGAGGGAAAAGACAACCAGCGCGCAGCCGCCGCCGAAGCAAGCGAACGGGACAGCGGAGGAUGAGGCGGAGGGCAAUGGGGCGGAGGGCGAGUCCGCUCAGGGGGACAAGGACGAGGCUGGAAGUACCACGCACAAUGACGAGCCCGAAGCCCCGGCUGAGGAAGAGGGCGACGUGCCAACGCCGAAACCAGAGGAGGUGCCGGCGUAG